AUGGGGCCCGGGCCGGCUCUCCUGCUCCUGGGCCUGGGCCUGGGCCUGGGCUGUGGGCCCGGCCGCCGGCCUCCGCCCCCGGCUCCCGCGCAGGCGCCCGGCUCGCCGUCCCGAGGCCUCCCCGGCCCGACGCCCGCCUCGGCCCGGCGUGCCCCGUCCGACACCCGGGCCCUCGUCCAGGCGCGGCGCCCGGAGGCCGCGCUCCGCUCGGUCGCGGCCCCCCGGGACCCCGGGGAGCGGGGCGCAGGCUUUGGCGGCCUUGGAGCCGGCCGCGCCCGCGUCAGCCUCCGGGCCCGCGCGGCCCCGGGCGGCGGCAUCGUCCUGAGCGGCCGCCGCGGCCUCUGCCUGCCGGCCGGGCGGCCCCCGAGCCUCGCGCCGCGCUGCCUCCGCGCGCACGUCCAGGUGCGCGCCCGCCGCGCCGCCGCUCACGCCGCGCCCGCGCCCGCGCCCGCGCCGGUGGACCUGCAGCUGUCCGCGCCCGGCGGGCGGCUCUCCCUGCGCUGGCUGUCCCGCCUGCCGCGCUCGCUCGGGCCUCUGGAGUGGACCUUCCGCCUCGGGCUGCUCGGGCCCGCGGCCGCCGAGAGCCGCGCGUUGCCCCGUCGGGCUCUGCACCGCGGCCGGCGCUCCUACCCGGGAUUCGUGGCGCGAACCGAGUGCCCCACGGACGGGCCCACCCCGGUCUUCUUAGAAGCUGUCAGCCCGAACAGCUCAGAACCCACUCAGUCCUCCGUGUCCUGUCAGGUAUCCCGACCGAUGACCUGUAAAUUGGACCCCGUGCGGAUAAAUAGGAACGACGAUAAACCCGUGCGACUGACCAGGGACAUGGGAGACACCUUCAAUGCAACAGUCAUCCUCUUCUGUCCAGUCCAAGAGUACUUUCUGCGGAUUUGGUAUAUCUAUCCUGUGCCUUAUGUAGGGGCCGUGCCUGACUGGACUAAACCUAUGCAAAAGCCACCGGUCAAGGUAGAUAGAACUUCAACAGUGUUGACUAUACUCCCAUAUUCUUUCACUUGGGGGGUGUAUCUGUUUAAUUUCUCGGUGGUUGUCAGAACGCGGGAUCCCCGGGUUCCAGGGCAGAAGGACUCAGACAGCAUCUAUGUCGUCAUUUUUAGACGUCCCCUGAAUGCUGUUAUUUCAGGGCCUUCCAACAUCACAAUUAACUUCACAGAUGGGGUGACUCUCAAUGGAAAUACGUCUUCUGAUCCAGAGGAAACAGACCCUCUAGAGAAAGAGAGGCUUAAGUUUCUCUGGUACUGUACCACAAACCCAAGAGACUAUGAUGGACAAAAAAUAACAGUGAUAAGCAAGGAAGUGUGUCUCCCGGGGCAGGUUGACCUCAAGUGGACAUGGGCCUCUGGUGCUAUUCUCACCCUUUCUCCAGAAACACUUCAAGGUGGCCGUGUAUAUUUUUUCAGACUGGUGAUCCAGAAGACCGGCAGGUCAGCAUUUGCUGAUGCAACGCUGCACGUGCUUCAAGGAGAGCCGGUAGCAAGCAUCUCAUGUAUUGAAAAUUGUGACCAGGUUCUGGUUUUAUCAGAGAGAUUCUCGUUGUCUCUGGAUUGCACAGGUUGUACAGCAGGCCGAGAUGUCUAUCGGUGGUCCAUUCUGACGUCUUCAGGUCAGGAGGUGCCAUUUGACUGGACGGGGCAAACUUCAACAGGACGGCAUGGUGCUUAUGUGUCUAUAAAAGCUUUUGCUUUCUGGAGUUUCAAGGAAGAUAAGUUUUGGAUUUCUCUAAAUGCAGCAACUUGGAGUGGAGUCACCUUGGUCUUAAGGUAUCCUUUCAUUAUUCGCCAUGUCCCUAUAACCACAGACUGCAAAAUUGUUCCAGAAAAAGGAAUUUCCUUCAGUACUCAGUUUGUUGUCAUUUGUACUCAUUUCAAGCAUAAGAACAUUGUUCUUACAUAUAAAAUAAUAGUUCCUGAGGUGCAUGGUUUUGGUGAAAUCAGUUCUGUGAAAGAGAAUAACUUUGGAUCCAUCCUGUAUUUGGGGAAGAGUUCCACAUCGCCCCCUUCCUUUCUCCCUGUUGGUGUGUUGGACAGUCAUUAUGCCUUGAAAAUAAUUGCUCAGGCAUAUAAUACCUCUCUGGGAGCUUUUUCCCAGGUGGACUUGUAUGCCACUGUGCGGCCUCCCACUGACGUAAAGUCAUCAACGACUGUGCUGGAGGAGUUAUCCAACUUCACCACGGGACCAAAUUCCUCCCUGUCCACUUUGCUUCAACAGCAGGAUUUUCUAAAUGCAAGUUAUUUAAUAUACGUAGUAGCUUCUGUCAUGAAUAGCAUGAAAACUGACGCAAGUCUGCAAGCUGACAAAAUUAAACUCCGAGAACACCUUUUCAAUCAGACACUCAUUCUUCCUAUAAACACUUUGGUGAAUAUUAGCCAGGUGGUCAUGACUAUUACUAAAUUAACAGAAAAAACCUCUGAGAUCAGCGCAUUCUCUCAGAAACUGGCCAUGGUGAGGACUUGGCAAGCAAGCCAAGCCCUCCAAGAUAGUCAUCAGAGAGAUAAGAGCAUUUCUUCUGAGCAAAUAGAAAGUGUGUGCACUGGAAUAUUAACAACCUUGUCUAACAUCCUGAAACUGCUGGUUCAUUAUGAAGUGUUCGAGGAGCCUUUCCACGUGGUUGAAUCUCUAGCAGACACGGUACUGGCUGUGAAGGUGCCAGAGAAUGAGACCACUGCCUUGAGGACCUCCAACUUUAAAAUGCAUGUCAAGAAAACCGAAAAGUGGAAUGUUACCAAGUUCUUCAGCACCCAGAAGCACUGUCAGAAUUGUUUUUAUCCCACCCUAAAUGUGAACAGCGUUGCUAGUCUGCCUGCCAACGCUCCCAUCUCCACGAUGUUUUGUGAAUUUGCGGAUGACCCUUUCCCUUGGCUAAAUCAUGGGGAAAACAUUUUGACCCAGGUGGUUGGAUUCCGAAUGACAGGAGUCGAGGUCACGGGUGACGUGACUGAGAUGCCACCUGAUGCAGUGGAAGUGUACCUCAUCAGGAAAAACCUGAGCUUUGGAACUUUCAAUCUCACGGUGGGACCCAGCUCAGAGCCUUAUGCAGUGGAUGAGUCAUCGGCAAAGACGACAGGGGCGUUCAGCUUUGUUGUGGACAGUGCAGCAGGGAGGGACGUGUUGAUCCACAUCCUGACAGACGUGUCCGUCUUGUUCACUGUGUCUGUGUACGCGGGCCGUGAGAUCACAACCAACUCUUUUAUGACCAGCUACCUGGUGUCUCAUAAAAUCCCUCCAAUUGCCAAUGAGAGUGACCUGUUUGACCCGGAGUGUCCGGUGAAGGAGGCCCGAGUGGUCUGCCUCCCCGUGGCCCUGGUGCAGGUCAUAGCUCAGCGAACCAAUUCCUCUGAGUGCACCGUCACUGUGGUUCUACAGGCACCUCGUUUCGUCCUAAACCCCAAUAACAAGUUGGUGAGAAUUUCUGUUUUCAGCACUGAAUGUUUGGACAUGUUUGGGAUCCAGAGCGACUGGAGAGAAGACACCUGCGUUGUGGGAGAGAAGACCACUUGGCAAAGAGUGCACUGUAUGUGCAAGAACCCACGGCGGGCCAAACGGCAGCUGGAUAUAAUCAAACAGGCCAAUCUUCGCCUGCGUACACACUAUUUGACGGCCAAGGUGAUCGUGGUCCCUAACCCUGUGGAUUUACGAGUGGAGGCCGUCAAGAACGUCACCCAAAACCCUGUGACUCUCUUCACGGUACUUCUCAUUUUGCUGUUGUACUUGAUCCUUGCAUUCUGGGCCUUGCACAGAGAUGAAACGGACCAGUAUCUUAGGGAGCAUGUGAUAGUUCUCCUUGAUAACGAUCCUUAUGAUAAUGUGUGUUACCUAGUCACUGUUUUUACAGGAAGCCGUGGUGGUUCUGGCACCAGGGCCAAUGUCUUUAUCCAACUGCAUGGAACCGAAGGUAGCAGCGAUGUGCACUGUUUAAGCCAUCCACAAUUUACAACUCUCUACCGAGGAAGCAUCUGCACUUUCCUCCUAGCGACGCAAAAGGACUUGGGCGACAUCCAUUCCUUCCGCGUGUGGCACAACAAUGAGGGCAGGUCCCCUGAAUGGUAUUUAAGUAGAAUCAAAGUGGAGAAUCUGUUCACCAGACACAUCUGGCUCUUCAUGUGCCGAGAAUGGCUUUCUAUUGACACAUCUCUGGAUCGAACCUUUCAAGUUACCCCCCCAGAUAAGCCUCUCAAGAAAAUGGACUUUUUCCUCAUAGAUUUUAGUUACAAGCUGGGGAGAAGCCACUUGUGGUUCUCCGUUUUUUCUGGUGUCAUUUCUACACCGUUCAACAGGCUCCAGAGGCUGUCCUGUUGCUUAGCAAUGUUGCUGUCCACGCUUCUGUGUAAUAUUAUGUUCUUUAGUCUAGAGAAGGAGAUCGAAGCCGAGCCACAAGAGCAGAAGUACAUCAGGCCGAUGGUGAUCGGAUUGGAAAGUGCCUUUAUUACGCUCCCUGUACAACUAGUGAUCAAAUCUUUGUUCAUCUAUUCCCAGAGGAGACCUCGGGUGACUCUAAGUGAGGUCACUCCUCGGAAACAUCCUUUGAAACCGCCAGCAAGUGAGCACUGGGAAGAACGAUUGGGAAACUGGCAUGCCUAUGAAACUGCCAAGGCAAGCUCCCAGGAGCCUGUGUCUAAGAGACAUCGUGCAAAGCCCAAGGCUUCUGUCAACGUCACCUCUAAAAGACACAAGGUCACUCAAGCACAAAGCAAAUUCUCCCACAUCCAAGGAAGAAAUAUAAACACCAAUAGCCGAAAUAUUGAAGACAAUACAAAUGUUUCUGAUGAGCAUCCUCCCCAGGCAGGUUUGAGAGCCCUUAAAGAGAAGACCAGAAUAGUCCUGCCCCAAUGGUGUGUUUGUGUCGCCUGGCUCUUGGUUUUCCUUACCUGUGCAGUAUCCUCCUUCUUCAUCAUAUUUUAUGGACUGACUUACGGCCUCGAAAAGUCAACAGCAUGGCUGUUUGCAUCGUUCUGUGCGUUCACGCAGUCAGUCUUCCUAGUGCAGCCAUCGAAAGUCAUACUCGUGUCCGGCUACAGAACACGGAGGGCCAAGUACUGCAAAAACGUUUCGUGGGUCGGCAACAGCCGCUUCACUGAGAUCAAGCUGCAGAACAUUCGGAAGGACCCAGAAGAAAUGGACAGACGCCACCGGUAUGUCAUGGAGCUCCGAAACUCGAGAAUGUACCAGCCUCUCACUCAAGACGAAAUCACGAUAUUCAAAAGAAAGAAGAGGAUCAAGAGAAGAGCUUUCCUGUUCCUGAGUUACAUCCUCACUCACUUCAUCUUUCUGGCUCUCUUGCUGAGCCUAGUCGCCGUCCUGCGCCCCACUGACAGCUUUUACUAUAAUCAGUUUAUUCGGGACCAGUUCUCUGUGGAUCUGGCAGGCGUGGCCAGGCUGGAAGACAUCUAUCAGUGGCUGAACAGGGUACUGUUGCCUCUGCUCCACAAUGACCCGAAUCCCACGUUUUUCCCUGACAGCUCCUCUAAAAUCCUUGGCCUGCCACUGAUGAGGCAGCUGAGGGCACAACCUGGAGAGAUAACGUGUCUGCCGGCCAAGAAACUUGUGGAGGGCAGCCUCAAAGGAGAGAUUCGCUGUCACCCCGAAUAUGGCAUUGACCCAGAAGACACAAAAAACUACUCUGGGUCAUGGAAUAGAGUUAGUAAGCGGGACACUGACCAGACGGCCGGAGGGUUUACUUACAGGCCUCCAGAGAAGAGGUGGGCGUACUCUUCCUAUGGGCUGCUGCACACCUAUGGCUCAGGAGGAUACGCCUUCUAUUUUUUUCCAGCAGAGCAGCAGUUUAAUUCCACACUGAGGCUCAGCGAGCUCCAGAAAGGCCACUGGCUGGAUGAGAGGACCUGGUCUGUGAUAGUGGAACUGACCACCUUCAAUCCAGACAUCAGUCUCCUCUGCAGCGUCUCGGUCAUCUUCGAGGUCUCUCAGUUAGGUGUUGUGAACACAAGCCUGCAUGCGCACUCCUUCUCGCUCGCUCAUUUCAACAGAAAAUACUCAGCCGACUCAGCAGAAAACUACCUGUACUUGGCCAUCUUCAUUUUCUUCCUUGCCUACACUGUUGACGAGGUUUAUGUAGUCACACAAGAAAGGACUGCCUACGUGCAAAGUGUAUACAAUUUGCUCAACUUUGCUCUAAAAUGCAUCUUUACCUUGUGGAUCGUGCUCUUUUUCAGGAAGCACUUCUUGGCCAUCGGUGUAGUUCGGGCUUACCUGUCAAAUCCCGAGGAUUUCAUUCCCUUUCACGCAGUGGCUCAAGUGGAUUACACCAUGAGGGUGAUUCUGGGUUUCCUGGUGUUUCUGACGAUCCUGAAGACGCUCCGGUAUUCCAGGGUCUUUUACGAUGUGCGUCUGGCUCAGAGGGCCAUCCAGAUUGCCCUUCCUGGCAUCUGCCACAUGGCAUUGGUGGUGUCCGUGUAUUUCUUUGUCUUCAUGGCAUUCGGGUACUUGGUGUUCGGGCAGCAUGAGUGGAACUACAGUGACAUGAUCCACGCCACCCAGACCAUAUUUUCCUACUGUGUCUCAGCUUUUGAGAACACGGAAUUCUUCAAUAACCGGGUUCUCGGGGUCCUCUUCCUCUCAUCUUUCUUGCUAGUGAUGAUCUGCAUAUUGAUCAACUUAUUUCAGGCAGUGAUUUUGUCUGCCUACGAGGAAAUGAAGCAGCCCGUGUAUGAGGAGCCCUCAGAAGAGGCGGAAGCCAUGACUUAUCUGUGUCACCGGCUAAGAUCUGCUUUUUGCUGCCUGUGCUUCAAACCCAGGGCGGAAGACGAGCCCAGGUUCUUCAUCAACAUGGUGUACGGGCAGCCAGAGAAGAAGAGCCGCCGCUACCUGGGGCUGAAGACCAGAAACAUCAAUGGGAAGAAAAUGGUUUACCUCGUCGUGUGA